GGCGGCGCCGGGCGCGCUCAGGCCCUGCCGCUCCCCGGGGAACAUGAAACGAGGCCGCCUGCCCAGCAGCAGCGAGGACUCGGACGACAAUGGCAGCCUGUCCACCACCUGGUCCCAGAGCUCGCGGUCCCAGCACAGGAGAAACUCCUGCUCCAGACACGAAGACCGGAAGCCCUCAGAGGUGUUCCGGACAGACCUGAUCACCGCCAUGAAGCUGCACGACUCCCACCAGCUGAGCCCCGAUGAGUACUGCGUGCUGGCCGACCCCUGGAGGCAGGAGUGGGAGAAGGGCGUGCAGGUGCCCGUGAGCCCCGGGACCAUCCCGCGGCCCGUGGCCAGGCUCGUGUCUGAGGAGAAGUCCCUCGUGUUCAUCAGGCCCAAGAAGUACAUUGUGUCCUCGGGCUCGGAGCCCCCGGAGCUGGGCUACGUGGACAUCCGGACGCUGGCCGAUAGCGUGUGCCGGUACGACCUCAACGACAUGGACGCCGCGUGGCUGGAGCUGACCAACGAGGAGUUCAAGGAGAUGGGGAUGCCGGCGCUGGACGAGCACACCAUGGAGCGGGUGCUGGAGGCGUUCGAGCAGCACUGCUAUGACAACAUGAGCCACGCCAUCGAGACAGAGGAGGGGCUGGGCAUCGAGUACGACGAGGACGUGGUCUGUGACGUCUGCCAGUCCCCGGAUGGCGAGGACGGCAACGAGAUGGUCUUCUGCGACAAGUGCAACAUCUGUGUGCACCAGGCCUGCUAUGGGAUCCUCAAGGUGCCGGAGGGCAGCUGGCUGUGCCGGACGUGUGCCCUGGGCGUCCAGCCCCGCUGCCUGCUCUGCCCCAAGAAGGGCGGCGCCAUGAAACCCACGCGCAGCGGCACCAAGUGGGUCCACGUCAGCUGUGCCCUGUGGAUCCCCGAGGUCAGCAUCGGCAGCCCCGAGAAGAUGGAGCCUAUCACCAAGGUGUCCCACAUCCCCAGCAGCCGGUGGGCGCUGGUGUGCAGCCUCUGCAGCGAGAAGUUCGGCGCGUCCAUACAGUGCUCCGUGAAGAACUGCCGCACGGCUUUCCACGUGACUUGCGCCUUCGACCAGGGCCUGGACAUGAGGACCAUCUUGGCGGAGAAUGACGAGGUCAAGUUCAAGUCCUACUGCCCCAAGCACAGCUCCCGCCGCAAGCACGAGGAGGGCCUGGGCCCGGGGCCGGCGGCGGAGAACGGGGCGGCGCCGCCGGAGCCCUUGGCGGGCCGGGCGCAGGCCCAGGAUGAGGGGCCGCGGGGCAGCGCGCGCAAGCAGAAGCUGCAGCAGCUGGAGGAUGAGUUCUACACCUUCGUGAACCUGCUGGACGUGGCGCGGGCCCUGCGGCUGCCCGAGGCGGUGGUGGACUUCCUCUACCAGUACUGGAAGCUCAAGCGCAAGGUCAACUUCAACAAGCCGCUCAUCACGCCCCGGAAGGACGAGGAGGACAACCUGGCCGAGCGGGAGCAGGACGCCCUGUUCCGGCGGCUGCGGCUGUUCACGCACCUGCGGCAGGACCUGGAGAGGGUGCGGAACCUCACGUACAUGGUGACGCGCAGGGAGAAGAUUAAGCGCUCCGUGUGCCGCGUGCAGGAGCAGAUCCUCGGCCUCUACACGAAGCUCGUGGAGCAGGAGAGAGUCUCAGGUAGGCGCGCCGUGUGCCUUCCCCCGCCCGCGCGCGCCCUGGAGGGCCGGCUCCUGUUCAACAGCCCCUCGGCGGGCCCCGGCGCCCCGAAGAUCGAGGACCUCACGUGGCACUCCGCCUUCUUCAGGAAGCAGAUGGGCGCGGCCCGGGCGCCCCCGCGAGCCCCGCUCCUCGGCGCCCCCGGGGGGCCCGGCCCCGCCCUGCUGCGGCCCCCGGACCUCUGCGGCCGCCGGGGGGGCCCCGAGAGCCUCCCGGGCUUCGAGAAGACGCCGGCGGAGGCCCGGCUGCCGCCCGCCCCGAGGAACGGCCUGGUGGCGCCCCGGCCCGCGGCGCGCGGGGAGCCCGGGCUGCCCGGAGACCCCGGCCGGGCCGACGCGCGGGGCCGGCCCUGCAGACAGAGCCUCCGGCCGGCGCGGCCCCCGGACCCGGCCGCGCCCCCGGGCGCCCCGGGCCCCCGGAGGGAGGCGCCGCCGCGGUGCAACGGCGCCCUGGCGCGGGCACCCGCGCACGCCGCCGCCAAAGUGCCUACGACGCCGGCCAGCCCGGCCAAGAACUGGGGGGGCUUCCGGAUUCCAAAGAAGGGGGAGCGCCCGCCGCCCGCCGAGGCGCAGGAGGGCGCCGGGCCCCCGCACGCGGACCUGCCCUACCUGGGCCUGGGCCGCGGGCCCCCCAAGGAGCGCGCCCCGAGCCAGCCGCGGCCGGACCCCGAGAGCGACGGCUACGCGCCCGACGUGGAGAUGAGCGACUCGGAGAGCGAGGCCCCCGACGGCCAGUGGCGCGCGGGGGGCCUGGGCCGCGGGCCCGCGCUCAUCCGCCGCAGCGUGCUGGCCUCCUGA